AUGCCAGUUAUUUUGCCAAUAGGAACGCAGUACAUGGAGGCUUCGAAGGAGUUUGUUGUGGGGGUUCAGUCUUGUCCAGCUCUAACACGGCUUGAGGAACACAACCGCCAGGAUAUUGCUGAAUCCGCUGCAAAGUUUGGAGACGACACCAGCGUGGGGGCGAAGCCUUUAACACUGCACUGUGAAGUCUUGCUUUUCAAGUACGACGCACGCACAGGGGACCAUGUUGCUACAUUUAGGUCUGUUUUUGACGGGGGAGGCAGGGGGACUGUGAUGGGCUUCUAUGUCAACGAGCCCAAAAAUGCUCACUGCCCCCAAGCCAGCAACACGGUUUUAGUCUGGUACUGGGGUCAGUGGGUUUCAAAGAGCAUGUCCAUAUGCACUGCACGCGAAAAGGCGUUUUUCCGGACAAACGGGUCUAGUGGGGCAGAAGAUGAUUUGAUUGACGGGCGAAGCUACCGGCUUACGUACGGCGGGACCGACGAUGAAGUGCGGCGAAAUGCACACCUCACAACCGCUUACCAUAUUCCUCAAGGUGCUCGACUGUGCAGGCAGAGAACGGCAGAACAGGACUGGGGUACGCGUCCUGACCCUGCACGAAAUGUCCGAGCCAUGGACCUUCAGUUCUCUUCGUCGGACUGCGUUGUGAUGGCUGAUACAGCGAUACUCCCUUUAGAUUCAGUCUCUUGUAUGGAAGUGCCGUUUGACCCCGCAGUUCCCCUGGGAAGAAUCCUUGUUACCAGCUUACCCUUCGACACGACAAACCCAGAUUUGUACCAGCCGAAGCGCGACUGGUCGACGUUCAACGUGAAUGGCAAAGCGAUAUAUCGAGGCACGCGUGUUGUGCUGCAGAGGAACAGAUUUAGUUCCCAGGUGAUUCGUAAGGAGCAUAUCGUUGACGGCUACAACUACUUCAUGGCCUACUAUCAUAUGGUGGCUGACGAGAAGACGAACUAUCCGUGGCAAUCUUGCGCAGUUAGCGAGGUUACGAUUCGGCCACUGCGCAUCGCUCAUCAUCCACUUUCAUGCGCAAGAUGCGAAGAUUUCGGAUACAGCUACACGAGCAGCUCGUCUGGUUUGCUUGUCUUCUGGUGUAUUGAUUCUCUCGCUUCGUCGGAGAAUCUCGGCCCUGGCCUUGUUCUCAAUGAAAUAGCUGUUGACAACCGUUCUGUCACCUUUCUUCUACACCACGAUGCGAAGUUGCCGGCUUCCCAGCCCUACAAAACUAACAGCGUGUAUAACUGGUACCGCGAUGUAAACGUGAUUUCUCGGCCCGAUUCCGACAUUAUCUACGCCUUCUACAUCUGCGACAUGUACCCGCAACUUGAAGAUUUCCGGUUUGGGCCUGUCGCGAGCUCGUCACUUUUGUGGGGUACGUUCAAAAGCACUGCAACGUCCGUGAACCAGACGCCAGUACGAGGGCGCCCGAUUAUCGGCGAAGUCUUUUCGCCAGAGCUGAAUAGCCUGUCGGUUGUCCUUGUCGACUCUGCUGAAGAGCUGUUCAUGAUUCUCUUUGAAAAUGCGAUCGACCAGGUUUUCAACGGAAUUCUCUUUACCGCCAAAAACGGCGGCGACAUUCUCGAAGGUUCAGACCUCAUGCUGCCCAACAGCACGCCGCAAGCGUAUGACAGCACGGCAUACGGGACUCGCUUCGAAGUCGGUUCAGAUAAUGUUGCGUACAGAGUUCAGCUGUCCCCCGGGAGCAUUGGCAGUCUUGAAGCACGAACCUUCAAGGCUCCCCCGCUUCCUGAUGCUUCGGCGACGACAUUUGACCACUUCUACAGGGUUAGGGCGUCCAAAUUCGAGGCUGCGUGUGACGGGCGUAUUGUCACACUAGGCAUACAGGUGCUUGGGCGUGAACUGAGCGGAACACUUUUGUACAUCAAGAUCAAGCCAGGGACGUUUCGGCAACGCGGGACAAACAAGACACUAGACCAGAUAAGUCGAAACGACAAAGGGUGGCAGGAGACAAGGGUGCGUUGCUUUCCGUAUUUGUUUCUUCUCAGCUGGCUUCCUCCGCUUCGGGAUGCAUCUUGCACAACUGCCUGUUAUAAAUUUCAGGUAUUCCGUACUAAAACCGCAGCAUCCAUUAACGCAAACUGUCCUUGGAAAGACGGGACUCUUCGCGCAGCUCCAUGUUCAUCAUCGGGUUGCAGCUGGGCCGAAUUCGCUGUCGCAGAUCCAAGUCUGGAAGCUUCAGUCGACCGAAAUAUCCGAACGGCAGGAGCGACUUUUUUCCCUGGUAGCCUGUCCCCUGUUACGUUUGAUCUUAAACGGAUUUCUGACAUUACGGAGGUGCUCCUUGUCUUCAACGAGACGGUGAUCGGCCCUCAGUUUGACAUUGAGCUCUCCUUUUUGAACGGUCUUGGGCAGGAGUUCAGCGUGACACGGGCGUCAACCGGUGGUAACCAGUUCCCCGUUAACUUCCCUUUCGACCGAACAUACGUCAGGAAUUGCUCCUGGAACGAAUCCUGUGCGCAAAAGUUCCGGCAUACGAAUAGCGGUAGUGUUGUAAAGGCUUCGAACUUGCAGGUGUACGGAGUACAAAGCAUUGCUGUUGUUUACCACGGAGGUGACCAUCCGGUGGAAUUGCUAGAACUAAGCGUGAAGGGUCGUCAAGAAUCACUUGAAUGUCCUGGCCAUGGUUUCUUUACCAGCCCUGGCAGAUGUCCGUCCCCCUCUGAUUUAUUCGUUCCUGCCAAGCUGGAAGAUUUAGAUUGCCAAGGGUUUUGGACAGAAUGGACUACAUGCGACCAUUUUUGCCGAGAAUUGCGAUUCUUCUCCCGCUCCCGAGAUCCACUGCCAGGAGGCAAACCCUGCCCUUUUGUUGAGCACAGGGCUUGCAACGAAGGGCGUUACUGCAACGUGAACGAUGAGAAGUUCGCCUCUGUCCUGGAUCACUUCAAAGACCGAAAUUGCGAGUACGAAUUAGGCGAGUGGUCGGAGUGUGUGAACUGUCGCGAGCUGAGGUACAUGCACAUUCUCACCCCGGCAGCACGGCAAGGCCAGCCGUGUCCGGCGCAGCGUAUAGAGACCCGCUUUUGCAACGCGAAAUGCGAAAAGCUCUUUGCAGAGGCUGCCAGUUCAUCGACUUCCAGCUGCACAAGCACAAGUACUGCCGCAGGCUCUUCCUCAUCCCUGACGUCGACUCGCCACACUCAGACGAAGACACUCACGGCAUCCAGUUCUUCAGAAAGCGGGAGCGUCAAUGAUUACAUUGCGACUGGCAUCCUGGCAGCCAACGCACUGUUGUUCGCCCUCGUGCUUGGGUUGGGUGCUUGCUGUCUCGUGCGGAAGUCGAGGAGGUUUCACAGAAGCCUCGAAGCACGGCGAAAGGUGCUUCAGCUGAAGAAGGACGUCUUCCAGGCGAAGGCAUCUGCCGCCAUCACUGCGGCCGCAGAAGCCAAAGCAUCUCGCAGCAAAGAGACCCACUUCUAUCCAGUAGAAAACGAACGUGAGCUACAGGAGGCGACACGUCCCGACAUUACGGUGCCGCAGAGGAAAGAUGAAGACGACCACGGCCUGGCAUGUCCUCGUGGUAGAAGAACUCUCUUUCACACAGCAGAUGUCGACGCGGGAGAGCACGAAACAGAUCCUGGGCGGGGGCAAGGACCCGGGCCAGUACAGAGUGUUUGA